AUGAGAGGGAAGGCAGGCGCCGGAAAGUCGACAAUGAUGAAGUUCAUUUACCAAAGAACGAAAGAAAAGGUUAAAAGCCCUGAUACCAUUGUUGCGUCCUUCUUCUUCAAUGCGCGAGGCAUGGAACUCGAAAAAUCAAUUUUGGGCAUGUACCGAUCGCUUCUGGUCCAGCUCCUCGAACAGGUCCCAGAUCUUCAGUCUGUCCUAGAGGACCCUGAAGUAAUACCUAUCAACAAGCAAGACUGCCCUGGUCUCAAUGUCUUGAAGGAGCUCCUUCAGAACGCCGUUGUGGCGCUUGGCAAUCGGUCAUUCAUCUGCUUUAUCGAUGCUCUUGAUGAGUGCGACGAGCUUCAAGACAUUCGGAGGACUUGGCAAGUUACGUCAAGUCCCGUUUGGUGGUCGAGAAUCCGCUUGCCGAGGAGCUGCAGUCCCGGCUUCUUGAAAAGGCUUCCGGAAUCUUCAUGUGGAUUGUCCUAG